ACCAGAUGGCGGCAGGGAUCCGAGCGUUCGCCUAGACUGUGGCAGCUGAAGAAACGCCCCCUUGGGCGCGCGACCGUAGGACCCGGACGGACACGCAAACUCCGGAGUGGGAACAAAACUUCAAACAUUUCGCAGUAUUUUUAUGAAUUAACUUUACUCGCUUUAUAUCUGUAGUGCGGGACGGUGAAUUCAUGCCACAGAAACCACCAUGACGCGAGAAGAAGACCUGGUUCGCAUUGCAAAAAAGCUAGACAAAAUGGUGUCUAGAAAUAACAUGGACGGUGCUCUGGACCUGCUGAGGGAACUAAAGGGUUUUAACAUGACUCUGAAGCUGCUGCAGGACACUCGGAUCGGCAUGUCCGUUAACGGGAUUCGGAAGCACUGCACGGACGAGCAAGCUGUCAGCCUCGCCAAGAUCCUCAUCAAGAACUGGAAAAGGCUUCUGGAAUCUGCCCAGUCUCAGAAGGAGGAGAAACUGCAUGAGAGGAAAAAUGGGACCGAGUCCAGCAGUCCGCUGCCCCAGAGGAAUGACUGCACACCCGCCAAAACCACGCCAGAGAAGGAGAGAGCUCCCGCCAAAACCACGCCAGAGAAGGAGAGGGCUCCCGCCAAAACCGCACCAGAGAAGGAGAGGGCUCCCCCCAAAACAACUCUAGAGAAGGAGAGGGCUCCCCCCAAAACAACUCUAGAGAAGGAGAGGGCUCCCCCCAAAACAACUCUAGAGAAAGAGAGAGCUCCCGCCAAAACCACGCUAGAGAAGGAGAGGGCUCCCCCCAAAACAACUCUAGAGAAGGACAGAGCUCCCGCCAAAACCACGCUAGAGAAGGAGAGAGCUCCCCCCAAAACAACUCUAGAGAAGGACAGAGCUUCCGCCAAAACCGCGUCAGAGAAGGAGAGAGCUCCCGCCAAAACCGUGUCAGAGAAGGACAGAGCUCCCGCCAAAACCGUGUCAGAGAAGGACAGAGCUUCCGCCAAAACCACGCUAGAGAAGGACAGAGCUUCUGCCAAAACCACGCUAGAGAAGGACAGAGCUUCUGCCAAAACCGCACCAGAGAAGGAGAGAGCUCCCAACAAAAGUUUUGCGGAGAAAGAGACCAGCCACAAGAGGUGGUGUGGUGACCCCAGACUGAGCACCGCGCCCCAGAGGAAGCUCUCUGGCGAUCACAGGAAAGAGAAAUGCGUGGGCGAGCAGAAGAGAGAGAGAGAGAGGAAAGAGGCUCCUGACCCGAACGCUCUCUGCCCUCCUCUUCCUCUUCAUCUUCAUCCUCCUCCCCCUCCCAGGCGCCCGGCAGCUGACCAGAAGAAGGAGGUGUCAGGGAAAGAGACUCUCACCCCCAACACUCUCUGCCCUCCUCUUCCUCUUCAUCCUCCUCCCCCUCCCAAACGGUCAUCAGCUGAACUGAAGAAGGAGAGGAAAGAGGCUCCAGACCCAAAUGCUCCUCUCCCUCCUCUUCCUCUACACCUUCAUCCUCCUCCCCCUCACAAGCAUUCUGCAGCAGAGGUGCAGAAGGAGAGAAAAAACUCUACAGAUGGAAAACCAGCAAAACGUCCGUUUGUGGAGAACAAAAAGGACAGAAAAGACUCAUCAGAUUCCAGAGCAUUACUACCUAAACCACCCUCUCAGGAUGGGAAGAAAGACAGAAAGGACUCAUCUGACUCCAGGCCUGGCCAUAUUAUGAAGAGGCUUUCCAGCGAUGGAAAAUCUGAGAGGAGAGACUCUGACCUGAAGCCUGCAAGCUCACCGCCAGCCAAGAAGCUCUGUGGAGACAGGAGGGAUUCCCAGGGUUCCAAGGCUCCUCUCCCUGGACCCCUACAGAGAAAGCCCUCAACAGACAGCUCUGACCGCGUGAGUGUUAAGGGAAAAGCAGACACUCCGAAGACCCCCACCUCCCCCACCAGCCCCCUCACGCCCCCCUUCAGCCCCUUGGGGGGGCCCCUCGCCCCCCACCUGCUCACCGGGGACUCCAUCCGGGACAAGUGCAUUGAAAUGCUGUCUGCUGCUCUGCGCACGGAUGAUGACUACAAAGAUUUUGGCACAAACUGUGAAUCCAUGGCAGCGGAAAUCGAAGAUUAUAUCUACCAGGAGAUCAAAGCCACAGAUAUGAAGUACAAGAACAGGGUUCGGAGCCGCAUCAGUAACCUGAAGGACCCCAAGAAUCCGGGCCUGAGGAAGAACGUGCUGGCGGGAGCCAUCGAGCUGCAGCGGAUUGCCAGUAUGACUGCCGAGGAGAUGGCCAGUGAUGAGCUGAAACAGCUGCGGAACAUCCUGACUCAGGAGGCGAUCCGGGAGCACCAGAUGGCCAAAACCGGCGGCACCACCACUGAUCUGCUGCAGUGCGCCAAGUGCAGGAAGAAGAACUGCACCUACAACCAGGUUCAGACCCGUAGUGCUGAUGAACCCAUGACUACCUUCGUGCUGUGCAACGAAUGUGGAAACCGCUGGAAGUUCUGCUGAUGGAAAAUGCACCAAUGGCCAGAUCACACUGAGCUCCAGCCAGAUCAAUCACACACAAGCAUUAAUCACAUACACAUCAAUCACACAAACAUCAGUUACACACACAUCAAUCACACACAACCAUUACUCACAUACACAUCAAUCACACAUGCACAUCAAUCACAUACACAUCAGUUACAUACAUC